AUGCUUCUUACAGAAUAUUUCGCAGCUAAGAACGGAGCAACGGGUGUUGAGCUGGAUCUUGAAUUUACUGCAGAUGGUGUUCCCAUUCUAAUGCAUGAUGAAACAGUAGAAAGGACAACUGAUGGGUCUGGAAGAUUGUGUGACUUGACUUUUGAUGAAAUUAGGAGGCUUAAUCCAUCUGCAAAACAUAGGCUAUGGAGCAAAUUCCAAGGUGAAAAGGUACCAACUCUGAGAGAAGCUGUUGUGGAGUCUAUGCAUCACAAUCUUAUAAUCUACUUCGAUGUCAAAGGCCAUGCAAAUCAGGCAGUUGACGCCCUAAAACAACUCUACCUGGAAUUUCCACGUUUGUAUAACAGCAGCGUAGUCUGUUCUUUCAUGCCAGAUGUUGUUUAUAAGAUGAGGCAAGCUGACGGAAAUGUUGUAACAGCACUAACGCACAGGCCUUGGCACCUGAGCCAUUUUGGAGAUGGGACACCCCGUUUCACUUCCUCCUGGAAACAUUAUUUGUAUAUGACGAUGGACGUCAUUCUAGAUUGGAGCCUACACAGUUUCUUGUGGCGAUUGUGCGGGGUUUCAGCUUUCCUCAUACAGAAAAAUUUCGUGUCUCAAGACUACGUGAGGCACUGGGCUUCAAGAGGAAUUCAAGUGGUUGCCUGGACAGUGAACACAUUUGCGGAAAAAAGCUACUACGAAAGCGUCCUUGAAUCCAGCUACAUCACCGACAGCCUGGUGGAAGACUGUGAUCCUCACUACUAGACCCGUGCUGUGUAGACACUCACCAACCUAAAUCACCCACCUCACUUGGGCAGGUCUGAAUUCACCGUCGAG